GUGGUAAAGAAUCAUAACAUUACGAAGCUCGCGCAAGAGCGAAUAAUGAUACAAGCCCGGAAUGUAUGUAUGCAUCCAUGAAUACAGUUAAAUAAGUGUAGAAUUGUAAAUACAGUAGAAAGAAAGAGUAAUGGAUUCUCAAGAGCAUAAAACUGUUGGAGAAAUGGAUGCUGACGAAAGGCAGUCAGGAGAUCAAAUGGACGAGAGAAGAAGGGAACAAAUAGCUUACGAAUAUCUGUGUCAUUUAGAAGAAGCUCGUUUGUGGCUGGAAGCUUGUAUUCAUGAAGAGCUACCCCCAACCACAGAACUUGAGGAAGGCUUAACUAAUGGUGUUAUAUUAGCGAAAUUAGCUAAUUUUUUUGCACCUGAAGUGGCACCAUUGAGAAAAAUAUUUGAUAAGGAUCUUUCCCGAUACAAGGAACGUGGCCUCCAUUUUCGACAUACUGAUAAUAUUAUGUAUCUUAUACGAGCAAUGGAAAAAAUUGGUCUGCCAACGGUUUUUUAUCCAGAAACAACAGACAUUUAUGAUAUGAAAAACAUGCCUCGAGCAAUAUAUUGCAUCCAUGCUCUCAGCUUGUAUUUAUACAAACUUGGUUUGGCCCCACAGAUUCAAGAUUUAUACGGGAAAGCAACAUUUACAGAGGAAGAGAUCAACGCAAUGAAACAGGCUUUAGAUAAAUAUGGUAUACAAAUGCCAUCAUUUGGAAAGAUUGGAGGUAUUUUAGCAAACGAGAUGUCCGAUAAUGAUGCGGCCUUGCAUGCUGCUAUUGCUGCUAUUAACGAUGCAAUAGAUCAUCAAAAUGCAGAGGACACACUUAAAGCAAUGCAAAAUCCCACUGCACGAUUGUCCGAUGUUUCAACCACUCAAGCACAGCAGUACCAAGAUUUGUUGUUUGUCUCGAAACAAAAAAAAUGUGAGCAGACUGAACUGAAAGGAAAGGCUGAAGCUGAAUUGGACAUGUACGACAAACUGCUAACGCAAGCUGAGAUUCAAGGGCAUGUCAAUAAAAUAAAUCUUUCCAAAGCUGUGGACAUCAUAAACACUGCUGUUGACCGUAAAGAUGAGAAGAUGUUAAUAGAUGCUUUGGUGUCAAAAGAAGCAGCGUUAGGAAAUGUAAACAAAGACAACAGUGCAUGGUACCUUCAAAAUCUUGUUGAUGAAAAAGCAGCCAAAGCAGAACGUGAAGGAGUCGAAAACUCAACGUUAGAACAUCGUGACAUCCAAAGUGCUGUCAAUGUGUCCAACAGUUUGGCUGAGAGAGUGAGGAAUAUGGAGGGAGCAGUAAAGAAAAUCAAUCGUAUACUUGACAGUGGCACUCCGGAAGAACUCAUGCAAUGGCUUCAAAAACCGGAGGGUUUACUGCCUGUUGUGGAUGCUGGAAGACCAAACUUGUACAUGGAUAAUCUCAAGAAGGCCAAGGCUGACAAAGGAUCUGAUCUCACUCAUGAUGAUUUAACGGAGCAACUAAAGUUGUUGCUAGCUGUUGCAGCAAUCAACCAAGCCAUUGACAUGAAUGAUGACAACAAAUUGAUCGAUGCACUUGAAAAUUCUGAAGCAAAAUUAAAAGACGUGGAUGAAAGUUUGGGAACCAGAUACCUUUCUCAUUUUGUAGCUGUAAAGAAAGAGAAAUGUGAUGAAGUUGGAGCUGAUCACGAUGAUUUAAACCAUGUGGAAAUUCAAGCUCUUGUUGAAUAUGUAAAUACAGAAGUACAAGAAGAGAACGACUUGCUAUCAGCUUUGUCUAAGAUCAAUGAAGCUAUUGACAGUGGGGACACAGACUCAAUACUCAAUAGUUUAGAACAACCCUCUGCAAAACUUAACAAUGUACGACCAAAGAAUGCUGAGUUGUAUCAAAUCAUUUUAAAGAAAGCAAAAGCAGAAAAGGCUCAACGUCUUGGUGAUGAACAUGCUGAGUUGUGGCAUGAAGAAAUUCAACAGUGUAUUGACAGAGCAAACCUAAUUGCAGAAGAGGCCGACAGAUUGGCGACUGGAGUGAUCCAAAUCAAUGAGGCUGUGGACAAAGCAGACAGUGCCGACUUGUUACUGGCAUUGAAAUCCAAAAAUGUUGCUUUACGUAGCAUUACACCAGAAUGUGCUGACAGCUAUCAUGUUGCAUUAAAGGAAGCUAAAUCAAAAAAAGACGAUGUUGGAUGGAAUGGAUGGACAGAACACCGACUGCCACAAGGCUAUAUAUAUUUUUUUAAUUACUUCACAAAAGACUCGCGGUGGUCUUUACCACCAGACCAUCAACCUGGUAUUGGUCAUAUGAACAGGGAUGAAAUCCAGAAUGUCAUUACCACGGUGACUGCAAAUCAUGAUCGCGAUCUCUUUCUCAAAUCCAACGAACCAGCUGUUACUAAAAUUCAAGCUCACUGGAGAGGACACCAAGCCAAGAAAGAGUAUCAAAAAAGAAAACACUUCCUCAAUACACAACUACCUGCCAUUAUUAAGUUACAAGCUUGGUGGAAAGGGGUUCUGGCUAGGAGAGCAUAUCAGGACCGAAUUAACCGUCUCCAUGGUAACCAAGAUGCUGUACUAAAGAUUCAAUCAUUGGUACGCAUGUGGUUAGCUCAAAAGAAGUACAAAGAUAGACUACAAUACUUCAACGACCAUAUUGAGGAUAUUGUGCGAAUUCAAGCUUUUCUACGUGCAAACCUGGCCCACCAUGAUUAUAAGAUGUUGAGCAAGCCACAACCACCUGUGAAAAGUGUACGCAAAUUCUUACAUUUGCUAGAGCAUGAUCACAUCGACUUCCAGGAGGAGUUGGAAUUGCAAAAACUAAAAGCACAAGUAGUAACUGAUAUUCGUUCACUUGCACAGUUGGAAAGCGAUCUGAACACCAUGGACAUAAAAAUAGGACUAUUAGUACGUAACCGAAUUACACUGCAAGACGUAGUGAUGCACAACAAAAAGCUGAAGCGAGAAAAAGCUGAUACACUAAGCACGGCUGCUGGUGCUGCUUCUGGUCUGAAGGCGUUGAGUCGAGAAAAACGAGAACAGCUUGAGGGCUACCAGCAUUUGUUUUACCUUUUGCAAACAAACCCCAGCUAUUUGGCUAGAUUAAUUUUCAAGAUGCCGCAGAGUAAAACGACGAAGUUCAUGGAGUCAGUUAUUUUAACUUUAUAUAACUAUGCUUCGAAUGCUCGUGAGGAGUACCUGUUAUUGAAACUUUUCGAGACCGCACUAAGAGAAGAGAUUGCUGACAAAAUCGAUCAAAUCGUUGAAAUCGUUACAGGUAAUCCUACUGUUAUCAAGAUGGUUGUCCACUUCAACAGGGGUGCGAAAGGUCAGACGUCACUGAGAGAUAUUUUAUCACCAUUAGUAAAGGAGGUGCUGACAGAUAAAAAUCUUGUCAUCAAUACGAGCCCUGUGGAAGUUUAUAAACAAUGGAUCAACCAAAUGGAAACGGAGACGGGUAAAGCCAGCGAUCUACCCUACGAUGUUGAUAAUGACUUCGCCAUGAAGCAACCGGAAGUUGCCAAGAGGGUAUCCGCUUCCAUCAAAGCGCUCAGUGCUGCAGCGGACAAGUUUCUGAAUUCGUUUAUUAAAUCAAUUGAUAAAAUUCCGUAUGGCAUGAGAUACGUGGCAAUGACCUUAAGAGAAAGUUUAAAAUCAAAAUUUCCGAAUGCUAAAGAGGAUGACAUAUUAAAGGUUGUCGGAAACUUAAUUUAUUACCGUUACAUGAAUCCAGCGAUAGUUGCGCCCGAUGCUUUCGAUAUUGUCGAUGUGGCGUUGGACAAAGGAUUGACGCCCGACCAGAGGCGAAAUCUUGGAUCAAUAGCUAAAGUUUUACAGUAUGCCGCUUCUAAUAAAAUGUUCGACCGUGAAAAUUCUCAUCUUAGCCCAUUAAAUUCUUAUAUAACCGAAUCUUUUAUUAAAUUCAAAAAGUUCUUUGUUGACGCUUCUACUGUUCAAGAUGCCGAAGAAAACUUUGGGAUCGACCAAUAUUCCGACGUUACCAUGGUCACCAAACCUGUGGUAUACAUGACGGUACAGGAAAUUAUCGACACACAUCAGCUGCUGACUGAACAUGUGAAUGAAAUCACCGCUGACAAUGACGACCCACUCAAAGAACUGUUGGACGAUCUUGGUGACGUUCCCAACGUCGAAGACGUGGUAGGCGCAUCGAAACCCGACGCCAACGACGAUCAAGAACAACAAAUCGCGAAGAUGGGAAGAACAGAGAUUUCUUUGACGCUAACGAAUAAAUUUGAAGUUCCCGACGACGAUGAUUCCGAUAUGAAAGCUCUUUUUGUCAGGACGAAGAAACUCAUCGUAGAAGUCAUGCGAGUGCAACAGGCUGAAACGCUGAUUCAGCUUUUAGAAACAGAAGCCACUGCGGAGCAGAAAAAAGAACAUGCUAAGAUAGUCAAAGGACGUCAAAGUCAAGACAAGAAAGAAAAAAGUGCGAGUCGAGUGGAGCGCUCUGCAUCCAUGCACGGAGACAGCAAAUUGCCUCUCCGAGACAUGAAGAAAAAGAUUUUAAGAAACUUGAAGGUGCUUGAACAACAGAACUUAGUGUCAGCAAAGAACGAUUAUCAAGAAAUUGUCAACGCUAUAGCUAAGGAUAUUCGAAAUCAACGAAAAUACCGUCAACGAAGAAAACAAGAGUUGCAAAAACUAAAGCAGACCCUGGAAAAUUUAACUCGUAAAUCGACAUUUUAUGAAGAGCAAGUCGAGUACUAUAAUCAAUAUAUCAAAGUUUGCCUUGAUAACCUGAAUAAGAAGAAGACUGGGAAAGGAAAAGGAAAAAAAGGAAAGAAACAGGAAGCUGUUGCCAAGGGUACCAUAAAAUACAGCGCGCACAAGUUGUACGAGAAAGGAGUCGUUCUCGAGAUUGAAGGACUGCCACAAGCCCAGUUCAAGAAUGUUCAAUUUGAAAUUUCGGCCGCCGAAGAUGUCGGAUUUUUCGAAGUGUCGGCCAAAUUUAUGGGUGUUGCCAUGGAGAAAGUGGAACUGGUAUUUCAGGAUUUACUACAACUGCAAUACGACGGAGUAGCCGUUAUGAAAAUGUUUGGCAAAGCUAAAAUCAACGUCAAUCUUCUGGUCUUUUUAAUCAACAAGAAAUUUUACGGCAAGUAAGACAACGACGUUGGAUUAGUUUUGACGACGUCUUGACGGAAACGUCAUGUGAAAGUGUUGUUUCGGUGCUGGUGAGAUGUAACAUGGGAAAAAUUCGCUUGCAAAAUAAAUAUGUAACUAGGAAAGAAACGACAAAAAGGCGUCGUUGCUUUUGUAGGGAUUCGGAGAUGGUGUUUUUAAGUGAAUGAAUGUAAAACGUUAACUGAAUUUUUUUACGAAUAAAUAAUUGCGUUAAUAUAUUUCAGAGAAAAAGAAAAGGCCCAUGCGGGUGUGAGCAGAAAAAAUCCAUGGGGUUGAGAGCAGAAGGUCGUUAGUCUCUUGCCUCAGUUCUUUUGGAUAUAUUUUUAUCUCGCUUUUUUCAAAGUUUAUAUAUUUUUUUAAAUGCAAGAAAUUCUUUUUUUCAAAACAGUUUUCUAACUUUCUUUUUUUUUUGAUUUUGUAUAUUUUAGUUAGGCGUGUCAACAAUCUUCUUUCUGUGUAUAUCUCACAUGGGGACAAUGUGUUCUCUGUUAUGGCACGGAAAAACUGUUUUCUAACGGAAGUUUAUAAAUUAUCCAGAUAUUUGAAUUUUCAUUAUUCAGAAUAAAAAAGUAUACAUCA